AUGAUGCAGAGGAGGAGGGCAACAAAAGAAGAGCUCAAACAAGGAGCUGAAGAAAUUCGGCAGGCUGAUGCAAGGAUGAGGACAGAAGCGGCAGCGUUGGGUGAGGAGCCAAUAGAAGAUGUAAAAGCAGAUGAAGGGAAGUCAGAACAAGUAAUGGAAAGCCUUGAAGAUGGACCCCAACAAGUGGAAAGGUAUGUAGAAGAGCCCCCAAAGAAUAGCCCAGAAGUAGCCAAUUCAGGAUCAAGACCAGGUGUCCCAAGCACACCACCGCCACCACAUCCUCCUGAGUUGGAGGUGAAAUCUGCGGGUCUGCAAACACCAGGUCAGACCAGCACUGCCAGGAAAUCUCCCGAGGUCAGGAGCUCUGUAGUUCAGCAGGAUGAGAAGGCUGCUGGAUCGGCUCUGUCUGAUCGACUUCGAGAGGACGUUGCAACCACACCACUGUUCACUGAGGAACAAGCCAGGACCUUGAAUGAGUUGCAUGAUAGGGCACCAUGGCUGUACCAAUCAGGACGGUCGGCAUUCUCUCCAUAUCUUCAUAGGCCUGCUUUCUUAGAGCAUGAAGAGGAUAGGCUUAGAGAAGGGUUGUCAGAGAGGGAACGCCAGUUGCAAUAUAUGAGAGAUCGGUUGUUUCAAGAGCAGAACGAAAAAGAAGAGCUGAAAAGAGCAGUUUCGUCAGUCUUGGAGGACAAUCAACGCAUGAAAGUUCGACUCCAGGACUUGGAAGCAAAGGUGAGAGAUCCUGAGCAGAAGUUUUCGACUCCGGAAGGGUCACAGAAGCAGGAGGCCGAGACCACCAAAGAACCCCGAGGAUCAAAGGAGGCUGAGACCACCAAAGAUCAAAGAACAGGACCAGAAGCCGAAGCUUCCACCUCGGCACAUCAUGAGCCGAGACCAGAGGGAAGCGGAAGCCUGACUGAAAAGUUCAUGCUUCUCAUGAUGGAGUCUAUGAAAGAGAUGCAGAAGAAGUACCUAGAGAGCAAAGAUGAGGCUGGAAUGGUCAGAGGAGUAGAAGUGGUCAGAAGUGGAGCACCAGAGCUUCCACCCUUGCCGGCAUGGAACCCAACGCAGGGCCCCUUGCAACUGGGAGAUUGGCUUCUACUACUAGAACCUUUGGUUGCUGACAUGUCUGCCACGUCAGAGUUGUGGUGGAGCCUCAUGUCAACAGCAGCAGAACAAUGGUACCACAAGCAUACAGCCUUGUCACCCCUGGACAGGAGUCAGCACCAAGCAUCUCCGCCGUCCAAUGUCCAGCUUGACAAGUGGCAGCGGUUAGAGAGGAGGAUGUCGGCGAUGCUACUCCAAUCAAUCCCGGAGAUGAUACGGGAUGAACUUGUGGCUUCACGACGUUUGAGCGUCUUUGGCAUCCUGACUCAUCUCUACACCGUCUACUGCCCUGGAGGUGUCUAUGAGAAACAGACCCUCCUCAAAAGCUUGGAAGAACCAGCGGAAGUUACUUCGCUGACUGAAGCACCGGAGAUCGGGGCAGUGGCUCCGGACCCAGCCUUGUUGCUGAAGGGACUGAAUCGCUUGACGCGCAAGGUCAUCGAGCCGAACAAGGAGCUGCAGUUUCGCAUCUCGAUGGUGCGUAACAGCCUGGGGGUAGACACAACCCCCACAGCAGUGACAGUUGGUCACUUUGCCACACACCUCCUGGCAGAGAUCGAGCAAGUCGCCCUCACAGAGAAGCGAUCAGCACCAGCAACGAGAACAGAAGCACCGAAGUUGAAGGCCUUUGAGGUUGACAAGGCCGACAAAGGAAGAGCAAGGACUUCAGAGAAGCAAGCAGAAGAAAGCACAGGCAAGCCAAGAUGCAAGUUCUACCUCAGUGAGGCUGGAUGUCGGAAAGGAAAGCAGUGCACCUACUCUCACGACGUCAAAGACGAGAAAAGACGCUGCUGGACAUGUGGCGCUGUGGAUCACAUGGCAUCGUCAUGCACAAGACCCAAGUCCACCUCAGCUGAGAGCAGUCCCACAAGGCCGAAGGUCAUGAAGAUCGAGGGGGAGGAGAAGACACCUUCCUCAAAGGAGACAGAUGCCCAGUCUUCGGCACCUUCUGAGGUGUCAAUGAAGGAGCUCAUGGAGGAGGCAAACAAGAUGCUCAGAUCGUUGUCCUCUUCUGGAGGAGCCCCAUCACCACCAACAAGCCCUACUUCAAAAGAGGAGGAUGCCAAGACUGAACUGAUGGAGAAGCUACAGCAGCAACUCAACAGCAUGAAGCUCAAGACACUGCGUUUGGGACGGAUGUCAACAGAAGGAAGCCAAGGCCUCAUUGACAGCGGGGCCACCAAUCCACUACGUCCCAAACGAUGCGGCGAAAGGAUUGAGCACUACAAGAAGCUAGAAGUGUCCCUUGCAGAUGGGACCACAACCAGACUUCCAGUCUCUCCAGGAGGGGCGAUGGUGAGCGCCAACGACAAUACGGAGCCGAUCGUUCCAAUGCAUCAGCUCACCGGCCUCUUGGGGUGUGAAGUAAGAUGGAAAGGCCAGGAGUUGGAGGUCAUUCACCCAGACCGUGGCAAGCUGCCUGUUCAGCACUCAGGAGGCUGUCCACAGGUAACAAGAGCACUUGCCAUUGACCUCAUCUCGGAGAUUGAGGACCGAGUCCAAGGCAUUGGCACUGAGAAGAGCCAGUUCACAGAAGAAGAAGGUUGGAUGAGGAAGCUGGUACAAGAGCACCCAGUACUCAAAAGCCUUCCGCCUUGGAUUCAAGAGAGGCUGGUGGUAUCCCCAGGAGAAUGGUCUGGGCUGCCGCUAAACAGAAGGAUCAGGAGGAGGUUGAGACAAGAAGGUUUUGUCCUCCACCUCUAUGCAGGCGAAAAAGAAGGGUUCAGCUUGCAGAGAGCCCUCAAACAGGUUGGAGGAGAUGAAGCGAAGCUGCUGGAGAUUGACAUCAAAAGAGGUCCUGAGCACGACAUGCUCAGUGACACCAAGGUGUAUCCCAGUCUUCUACGAGCAGCACUUGAAGGAAAGUUGAAGGCGGUCCUAGGAGGGCCCAACUGCAGAACACGAAGCAAGAGCUGUGCCAAGAUCUCCAACUCAAAAGAUCUGGCGAGAUGGCCACCAGGUCUGAUGCACAUGAUGGCCACAGCCAUCGUCGAACAAGUUUUGCACCAGGAAGUGCAAAUCAAAGUUCUGUCAUGGCAAGAACACUUAGCAUACAACCACCUGCCGUACCGACGUGACUGCAGGGUGUGUCAAGAGUCCCUGCAGCAGGCAGAUCUCCAUCGGCGGGUUCGCAACCCGAUGGGCGGUAUCCUCAGCAUCGAUGUUGCUGGUCCAAUGAAGCCAGCAUAUGAUCAAGGAGGAGGACAAGCACGGUGGAUCUUGGUGGGGGCAUUGUCAUGGAGAGUCCCACGGGGAUCCACAAAGAUGAAACAGCCAACAGAAGAAGCAUUAGAAGCAGAUGCUCCAGAGAUCGAAGAAGGCCAGGCAGAAGAAGAAGACCAGGCAGAAGAAGAUGGCCAAGAAGAAGAAAGUGAAAGGCAGCAGCAAGGGGAGGUUGGCGGAGGCGUAAGUCGGGGUGGAGGAGACCCCGGCAAUCGCCCGCCCGGCGGUGACGGACGUCAGGGUGGAGGAGACCCUGGCAAUCGCCCGCCCCCAGGUCGAGGAGUAAGUCGGGGUGGAGGAGACCCCGGCAAUCGCCUCCCUGGUGAAGGAGCACGUGAGGGUGAAGAAGACCCGGCACAGCUCCCUCCCAACAUAGAAGAAGAAACUGAGCUGCGUGUCUUUCGAAUGGCCCUGCCGAUGGUGACGAAGACAGCCAAAGAGGUCACCCGAACCACCAUGGAAUUCCUGCUUAGGCUCAGAGCAGAUGGGUAUCAAGUGCACAGAAUCCACUGCGACAGAGGCCACGAGUUCGCAGGUGAGUUCAAAAGAUGGGCCAAUGCGCGGGGAAUUCACAUAACCCGCACACCGGGUGAUGAUCCGAGAGGAAACGGAAGGGCCGAGGUUGCAGUGAAGGCGAUCAAAACCCAGAUCAGAAGAACUUUGAGCCAGGCCUGCGAAGACUCCAAAUGGUGGCCAUGGGCGUGCCGCUAUGUGACAGAAAUCAACCGAUGUGUGAGGUUGGAUGAGAAGCCGGAAUGGCCAAGGUUUCUGAAGGAAGUUCGAGUGAAGAAGAGAAGAUGGAAGAGAGGAGACUUCGAAGUUGGAGUCGAGAAAGUUCAGUACCUAUGUCCAUCGACAGAGGACCAUGGACAUUGGGUAUACAAAGAGGGCGAAGCACCAAGGGUGACAAAAUGCCUGAUGAGGCCAACAGAAGAACCCCUGGACGAGAGUGUCUGGGUUGCCAUCGAGAAAGAGAUGGUAGACGCACUGGUGCUUCGAAGAAGAUUGAGGCAGAAGACAUCAGUGAGGAGGUUGGAUGCUUCGAUGAAGGCACCCAAAGAGGAAGAUGAUCAAAGGAAGAAGAUCCGGGAUCGGAUCAUGAAAGUGGUAGAAGAAGAGGCUCGGCAGAUCAUAGAGGAUGAUCCUGAGCUGGCAUCUGAGGAGCUCAAGAUUGUGGCAAAAUUGAAGAAGAUGGCAGAAGGAAUUGAAAUGGAGGAAGAAGAAGUACUCCAAACGAAGAUAGUGGGACCGAGAGAGGUCGCCGCUAAAUGGAAGGAUUGGCUUCCGGCCAUUGAAGCAGAAGUACACUCCUUGGUGGUAGAAAAGGAGGCCUUGAAGAUGCUGUCAAAGGAGGACUUCAAGGAGUUGAAAGAAGCAACAGAGAGAGCAGGCACCAAGCUGGAAACAGUUCCUUCAAAGAUGGUGUUCACCGUCAAGCCUGGACCUGAUGGUGGAAGACCCAAGGCAAGAUGGGUCGCAUGCGGGAACUAUGAGUCCAAAAAGGAUGAUGAGAACAACUACUCAAGUGGCGCAGAUGCCACAGCGUUCAGAGUCUUGGUUUGGAAGUCAGCGAAGGAGCAGUGGGUGGGUGUGGUGAUUGAUGUGAAGACAGCAUUCCUGAAUGCAGCGAUGGAUCAGAAAGGAGACGAAGGAAUCCUUCUGAUCAAACCACCAACCAUCCUGGUGGAAAAGCAGUUUAUGACCAAAGAGGCUCUUUUCUUGCCACUCCGUGCUGUAUAUGGCUUCCGAAGAUCUCCAAGACUUUGGGGAGAUCACAGAGAUAGCGUCAUGAAGACCAUCAAGAUCCAGUUCGUCAGCUCUGGUCAAACCGUGGAGCUAGUCUUGGAGCCCCUGGAGUCAGAACCCAACUUGUGGAAGGUAGUCAAGGCCGAGGGGGAGAAACAACGAGAGCUGGAAGAAGAGUUUCAACUGUAUGGCAUGGUCAUGACGUACGUGGAUGACAUUUUCAUCUCUGGCUGUCAACCAGUUGUGGAGGCGCUCCUGAAAGAGUUUCAAAGCAUCUGGGCCACUUCGAAGCCAGAGUGGGUUUCGUCAUCACCGGUGCGUUUCCUGGGCAUGGAAGUGACCAAGGAGGUGGACCCUGAGACACAACGAGAAGUAUGGCUCAUAACACAGGAGUCAUACAUCAAAGAUCUCGUGAGCCGUCAAGAAGAAGAAGUCAAAGAGAAGAAGAUUCCAAUAUCACGAGAUCAAGCAGCCAUGGAGGUUGAUGAGGAGCCUCCCAGCAUAGAGAGGGUCAGAAAGUGUCAGAAAGCGGUAGGAGAAGUGCUCUGGUUAGUCACUAGAACCAGACCGGACAUAAUGUUUUCAGUAGCCCGCAUGGGUGCGAACGUCACUCGCGCCACCAGGAAAGUGAUGGAAGCAGCUUCACAACUCUGGGGCUUUCUGAAAAAGACAAGUGCAGAAGGCUUGAGGUAUGAGGAAGAGACAGAAGAAGAACCGGUUGUCCAGGUGUAUACCGACGCGUCCUUCGCGCCGGAAGGUGAAGAGUCACACGGCUCUUACCUGGUCAUGGUCAAUCGAUGUCCGUUGUUCUGGCGAUCUGGUCGUCAGGCAUCAGUGACGCUCUCAACUGGCGAGGCAGAGCUGAAUGAGCUGGUGGAGGGACUCAAUGCAGGAGAAUCAGUAGCAGUGCUGAUAGAAGAAAUCAAAGCUGGUGUCAGAAAAAUGGCUUGGACUGACAGCUCAACAGCAGUGAGCAUCCUCACCAGUGAAGGAGGCUCUUGGAGAACGAGACAUCUCCGUUUGCGCUCCUCCUACGCCAGACAGGCGAUCUUGGGAGGAGAAUGGGGUCUCAACCACUUGCCAGGAGAAAAGAUGAUCGCAGACAUCGGCACCAAAGCAUUGACUUCUACAAGAAUUGAAACACUCAAGUCAAUGAUGGGCAUGGGGAAGAAAAGAAAAGAGGAGGAAGUAGGAAAAGAAGCGAACCUGCCAGCAGAGAAGCAGGUUGCAUCAACUGAGCAGGCGAUUGCAGCUGUUCGCCUGAUCACUCUGGUCGCCAUGAUGUCCGUGGCCAAGGGUGAAAAACAAGAGGAGGAAGAUAUGGAAAGUUUCAAUGCGUUUCACUGGAUGGUCGCGGCGUAUACCGUGAUGGUCAUCGUCGCCACCGUCACUGUUCAGGCUGUUUGGAAGGUCGCAGUAAGGAUGAGACAGGGAGAGACCGAAGAGCCUCAAUCCCGGAAGUCCCGAAGUCGCCCCAACAGCCAAGGAAAAGAUUGCGCGACGCUGCUGGACAGGGGGAUCAUUCCAGGUGAUGCGGUUGAGGGUAGAGGAGACCCAAACCAGCUCCCUGAAGCAGGUGAGGCGGCUAAGGAGAGCCAGCCCCCUGAGGCAUGUGUGGCAGUUCCGGGUGGAGGAGACCCAGGACGGGCCCGUGCCGGCCAUGGUGGCCCUUCGGGUGCGGCAUCAUCAGGCCAAACCCUUGAUUCCCUGAUCCAGCAGCAGAUCGCAGAUGAUGAACGUUGGGAAAGAGAAUGGAGAGAGCUAGAAAGAGAUGAAGCUAUGAUUCAAAGAGAGCUGAAUACACCAGGGAGCGCACUGUGGACAGAAGAUGAUCCACCUGAACCAGCGACUGACUUUGAUGUCUACUAUACACAGUAUGGAGCUGUGUACCAUCAAGAUCGAGCAUGUGGCCACCUGAAAGGGCCCAAGGUUGGACAGGUGUUUGAAGGAAGAUGGUGUCGAACGUGCCAAAAGAAAGCGGGUCGUCAAAACAAGGCUCCGCUACCAGGAAAAGAAAUUUUGCUUGGAAAGUCAGUCAGAAUUUUCCACACAGAUCUCCAGUGUCCAAAAGGAAGAAAGAAUGAGAGAACUCCAGUGUGUCAAAGCUGCGGAGUGAAGAACACAUAG